GUUCAACAGAUGUCAAUUCAAGUGAUUCGAGAAGGACGAGGACUUGUUGUCGAGGCACCAACGGGUAUUGGUAAAACAUACGCAUUUUUGAUCCCGGCGAUUGAAGCCGCAUUGGAAAAUCGUCAAUCAAAUUGCUUCGAGUCCACGAAACCGUCACCUUCGAUUUUGAUUAUGGCAAGCACAUCGGCUUUGGUGGAUCAGCUUUUCAAUCGCUGUGAACUCAUUCUUGGAUUACAGUGCAUGGACAAUGUUGAGCCAAUCCGUGAUAUCAAGAUUGAUAAACUUGUCGCUAACCAUCCUUUCACUAAAGGCCAAUGCGACAUUGCAUUCUGCACAAUCGGCAAACUGAAAGCGACGAUUGAAUGUGGCGACGUAUGCCUUGAUAAUUUGAAAACGAUUAUUCUGGACGAAGCUGAUAAAAUGAUCGACAAUUGUGCUUUCGUUCCCGACAUCAAUUGGAUCCUGGAUCAACUGAAGGAAGAAAACCUGGAAAAUCUACAGUCGUGCUUCUUCUCGGCAACCUAUAAUAAAAAUGCGAAUGGCACAAUUGCAUUGACUGUACUUCAAAUGAGAAUGUUGGGAGAAGACGAUCCGUGGUCAGUCAUUAUUUGCCCAAGAAUGUCAGGAUACAUCACACAGCGAGUUGUAAGAGUGGGAAGAGGAAGGCCAAAUGAUAUUCGUUCACAUCCCUGGGUUAUCAAAAUGGGAUCAUUCGCAAAUUGAUCGACGAUGAUCUGAAGGAGACUGGUUGCAGUAAAGAUGGACCUUAUAAUGAGACGAUUGCCAUUUUUUGUGAGACUGUCCAAAGAGUUACUCAGGUAACCAUGACUCUCCGUCAAUUGGGAUACAAUUUCAAGCCCGUGUGCAGCAUGAUCACGAAAAAUCAGCAGCUCGUCACUGUUAAUGAUUUGGAAUUCCGAAAAAUUCACGGAGUCGUCUGCACCAACAUCCUGGCAAGAGGAAUUGACGUUUCAUCUGUGAAGCAUACAAUCAUCAUGGAAAUGUCGGCAGACUUUGACACCUACAAGCACAGGAUUGGUAGAGUUUCAAUUUCAGGGUUUUUAUUUGGGUUUAAUAUAGGAUCUCGUCCCUCAUGUGCGGAACAUGAGAAGACGUCGGAGUGUUGAUG